UGGCAGCAGCUCCGUUCUCCGAGCUCCUCACAGCUGCAAGGAAACAAGGGCCGGACCUGAAUUCUAGCUAGGACAUGGCUGGAAUAUUCGCCUGUUCCUCGAGAUCUUCGUCGAGCUUGGCCCUUCGGCUGUUGGGCAAGCGAAACUCGACAUGCAGGGUGCCGAAAUCUCGUUUGCAGAGCAGUUUGGCUGGAUCAAGGCAUAGAGCUGCAACUUGGGCGCUUCUUAACCAGACAACAUCACCUAACAGUCAAACUCUGACAAGUCAGCAAUGGUUAGUUCCAUCCAGAAGUUUUCACUCGUCCAGGAUUCUAUGGGAUGACGUUAAAAUUGUGAAUGUACCUCCUUUUGCUGACUCAAUCUCUGAGGGUGACGUCAGGUGGGAAAAAGCUGUUGGUGACUCUGUUGUUGAGGAUGAAGUUGUUGCUGAGAUUGAAACUGACAAGACCUCUAUCCCGGUGCCUUCACCAGGAGUGGGUAUCAUUGAAGAGAGGUUUGUUGAAGAUGGAACGACUGUGAAAGCCGGUCAGAAGUUGUUCAGAAUCAAGAUCACUGGAGCUGGAGGAGCGAAGCCGGCUGCAAAGCCCGCCGCAGCCGAGGCUCCUGCUGCAGCAGCUGCUCCUUCCGCCGCUGCCCCUCCUCCUCCACCCCCGGUUGCUGCCGCCCCAUCUGCACCGCCUCCACCAAGGCCAGCUGCUGCCCCUGCUGGACCCAUGACCUCGAUCCCUGUUGCUGCCAUCAGACAUGCUCAGGCCAUCGAAGCAGCCACUGUUAAGUUGCCACCUGCCGAUCCGACCACAGAGAUCACUGGAACUCGAUCCGAGCAGCGUGUCAAGAUGAACAGGAUGCGGCUGAGGAUUGCUCAGCGUCUGAAGGAGGCUCAGAAUACGAACGCUAUGCUCACCACUUUCAAUGAAAUCGACAUGAGCAAUUUGAUGGAAUUCCGUAAAGCCAACUUGGAUGCCUUCCAGAAGAAACACAAUCUCAAACUGGGCUUCAUGUCAGCCUUUGUCAAAGCUAGUGCUUAUGCCCUUCAAGAUCAGCCUGUUGUGAAUGCCGUCAUUGAUGCCAGCGACAUUGUCUACCGCGAUUACGUUGACAUCUCCGUGGCUGUGGCAACCCCUAAGGGUUUGGUUGUUCCUGUCCUGAGGAAUGUGGAGGGCAUGAAUUAUGCCGACAUUGAAAAAGCAAUUGCUGCUCUCGGAGAAAAGGCCAGGUCUGGUGCUUUGGCUGUUGAAGACAUGGAUGGAGGCACCUUUACCAUCAGCAAUGGAGGAGUGUUUGGGUCCCUCCUAGGCACCCCCAUCAUCAACCCUCCUCAGUCUGCCAUCCUGGGCAUGCACUCGAUUCAAGAAAGGCCUGUAGCCAUCAAGGGACAGGUGGUGAUUCGACCCAUGAUGUAUGUGGCUCUCACGUACGAUCACAGGCUUGUUGAUGGCCGUGAGGCUGUGACCUUCCUGCGCAAAAUCAAGGCGGCCGUCGAAGACCCCCGAGUUUUGCUGCUCGGCUGAAUCAAUAGUUGAGCCCAGAACAGCCUUUGGUGUUGUAUAGUUUCCUCAUUUCAUUGAAUCCUGUGACGCGCCAUUAAUUUUCUAUAGGCAAGGAGUCCUGCUGAGAUGGAGGCUCUCUCAGUAGUCUCAAUUAUUUCGCUGAGCAAUCUGGUUUUACUUAAUCUUCAUUUUCCAGUCUUGUGCAUUACUGAUUGACGAAAAAUAAUGCAGGUUCAUUACUUUGUCUUUUGUUCUUGCCUACGUCAACACCCUUGGUUCACUAUUUCUUCUAGUGCAAUUAAUUUGAAAAAAAUAGAUGAUUAUUGUCUUGAAUUAUUAUGCAGUUGCACGACCAUGUAUUACUUUAAACAAAGCUGAAAUUAAUAAGUCACGAGGAGCAUUUGACAGACAGCACAUGUAUGAAGAACUGAAAGGCAUGCUUUACAAUGUCAAGCCUGUGAACGCCAUAGGUCAACAUGUAAUAUAAAGGUGUAUGAUAAAUUGCAGUGAAAUUAUAUGGGAGGCCCUGCAAUGAAUUGAAUGGGCGCCGUCUGUAUUCUUUAUUUUGUAAAGUAUGCACUUCAUAUUAAACAUUCUACAGUUUAAAAA